ACGCGCGCUUGCUUGCUUUUUUUUUGUAUAACAAACACCUAUAGCACAUAUAUAUAAGAUUUCUAAAUAUUUCUUCUCGGAACUGGAGAGAAGAUGGUGAGGAAGAAAUUGGUGAUGUUUGUCAGUUAAGGAACGCGGAUGAAGGAAAGACGCAGCGAUCCGCGGCGGCGUGCGUGUUUGUGUGCACGCGCCGGCGCCCGUCUGCGCGCACGUGCGUGCGCGUGGACCAAACUCGAGUCCGCGCGGAGAGCGGCAGAAGCGGAGCGCCGGGAGGAAGCGUAUAUGCGCUCGAGUAAGAGAUCCCAGAUUUUUACCCCCCACCUCCCCUCUUCGGCUCUCAUCCGGUUCUAAUGGUGGGGAGCUGUACAUGUAUGCUCGUGCGUUAUUAAAAAAAAAAAAAAAAAAUCCUCGUGCAUCCUUACAUCCAUCUUCUUCACCAUCUUCUCGAGAGGAAUGUAGAGGGGAUGUAACUCUCUCUCUUUCUCUCUCUCUUUCUCUCUCUCUCUCUCUCCUGAGAUUGAGGCAUGAUCUAAUCCGGAUCCUGGUCUUCUGGACGGAGGAAAGACGUGAAGGGAAAUCUUUUUGCGCGCGCUAAAUUUCAUCUGAAGCAUGUGGAGGUUAUAAUGCGUUAUAAUGCAGGGGUGUUCGUAUCAUGCAACUUGAUAUAAUGGAGUUUUUUUUUUUUUUUCCAUGAGUAUGUUUUCUGCUGCACCAAAUGGAGAAGCUUUUCCACUCUCACACCUUCUUCUUCUUGAGGAGCAUCACGGGAUUUUGACUUUUUUGGAUUUCUGAUUUUUUUAUUAUUAUUAUUUAAAAAAUUUUUUUCUUUUCAAAAGGGCGGAUUCGUAGUUACAUUUUUUGUGUGUGUGCUCGGAGUGAAGGAUAUGUUCUGCUGCUUUAUCGGAUGCUCCAGCAAAAUGGUUUUAGGAUCGGACCGGAUGGAGGAGAAGCGAGCAGCAGGAGGAAAUCCGACAUGUGAGGAGAUCGAGCUGCUCUGACCCUAACCGAUCUCCCGAGCAGAGCUGACAUUACUGAUCUAAGGUGUCCGAACCCUCUUUACAAUGGAAAAGCUGCUCGUCUGCCUGUUGGUCAUUGGAAUGGCAGUGAAGGCCCAGAUCUGUCCGAAGCGCUGCGUGUGCCAGAUUUUAUCGCCCAACCUCGCAACACUUUGCGCCAAAAAAGGGCUUCUGUUUGUGCCACCCAACAUCGACCGGCACACGGUGGAGCUACGGCUUGCGGACAACUUCGUAACUAGCGUCAAACGGAAAGACUUCGCCAACAUGACCAGACUCGUGGACCUCACCUUGUCGAGGAAUACGAUAAGUUACAUUACGCCUCACGCGUUCACGGACUUGGAAAACCUUCGCGCCUUGCACUUGAACCAUAACAGGCUGACUCGGAUAGGAAAUGACACGUUUAGCGGCAUGUCCAAGCUGCAUCAUUUGAUUCUCAAUAACAAUCAGUUGACUCACAUCCACCUGGGAGCUUUUAAUGACCUUCUGGCCUUGGAGGAGCUGGAUUUGUCCUACAACAACCUUGAAACAAUACCCUGGGAGGCAAUUCAGAGGAUGAUCAGCCUUCAUACACUCAGCUUGGACCACAACAUGAUUGAUUACAUUCCAGAAGGCACUUUUUCCCUGUUACAAAAACUCAACCGACUGGAUGUGACCUCCAACAAGCUCCAGAAGCUUCCACCGGAUCCUCUUUUCCAAAGGGCGCAGGUUCUGGCAACAUCUGGAGUGCUCACGUCUUCAUCGUUUGCCCUGAGUUUUGGUGGAAAUCCUUUGCACUGCAAUUGCGAGCUGCUCUGGCUUCGCCGACUGAGUCGUGAGGACGAUUUGGAGACUUGCGCGACCCCUGCGCACUUAUCCGGACGAUAUUUCUGGUCUAUUCCGGAAGAGGAGUUCCUGUGUGAGCCACCGCUUAUCACGAGGCACUCUCAAGAGAUGAGGGUGCUCGAAGGUCAACGCGUAACCCUUCGAUGCAAAGCGAGAGGAGAUCCUGAACCCGUGAUCCACUGGAUAUCACCUGACGGCAAGCUGGUCUCGAACUCCUCGCGUACCAUCAUUUACAAUAACGGGACCUUGGAUAUCUUGAUCAGUACGGUCAAAGAUACUGGAUCCUUCACUUGUAUCUCUUCGAACCCAGCCGGUGAAGCCCACCAAACCAUCGAGCUUGUCAUUAUCAAGCUUCCGUACAUCAGCAACAGCACCAAUAACAUCCAGGAGCCAGAUCCGGGCUCGUCGGAUAUAUCCACGUCCAGCAGAACCGGAGCCAACGGAAGUAACCACACAGCAGACUCGAAAGCGAGCUCAGAUAAGCGUGUGGUGAUCGCCGAGGCCACUUCAUCCACAGCGCUCAUUAAGUUUAACUUCCAAAGGAAUAUUCCUGGGAUUCGCAUGUUUCAGAUCCAGUACAAUGGCACCUAUGAUGACUCUCUUGUUUACAGAAUGAUUCCACCGACGAGCAAAAACUUCCUGGUGAACAACCUGGCGGCCGGGACUCAGUACGAUCUCUGCGUCCUCGCCAUCUACGACGACGCCAUCACGUCCCUCACGGCCACGCGCGUCGUCGGCUGCGUCCAGUUCACCACCGAGUCCGAGUACCUCCGCUGCCACUUCAUGCAGUCGCAGUUCCUCGGAGGAACCAUGAUCCUGAUCAUCGGCGGCAUCAUCGUCGCCUCCGUUCUGGUCUUCAUCAUCAUCCUCAUGAUCCGUUACAAGGUGUGCAUGAGCAGCGACCGCGCUAAAGGAACCGACGCCGCCACCAGGGUGCAGCCCGACGCCGCCGUCAGUCCCAUGGCCAAUAAAGAGGGCGCGGUGGCUCCCGAGGGUGGCGACGAGUGCCAGAAAAGCUCCGCCCCCGGAUUUCCGGAUUCCCUCACUCAGUCGUCAGAGACUUCUCUUCCUGAUUGUUCCACCGAGACGUCCGUCGUGAGCCAGAGUUGGGACACGGGAGGAUCUUCGGGGUCCAUCAAACCCAAACGGAGACCGGCGCCGAAGCCGGAGGAGAAGACCGAUCCGGUGCUCGGCGCCGAGACGCACAACACCAACCGCAACAACUCGAAAACACCACUCCUGCGUUCCGUUCCGCCAUCAGGCCCCGCCCCUUUGCUGCCUUCUCGCUUCAGGGACACACCCAUCCUGAGGAGGGCGCCGCCUCGUCCCUGCGUAUCGAAAUAUCUCACACUGCCGGCAGAGGGGACGCGAGCUGCACCGCGCAGGUACUCGCUAAACGAAGACUUUUCCAAACACCACUACUACGCCGGCAAGCCCGGGAACGCUCGGUGUAAGCGGAGCGUAUCCAUGAACGGAAUGCUAGCCAGCGUGGAAAAUUCGGAUAUGGAUAAAGGGGUGUAUUCCAGUUCAGAGUGGAUCCUAGAGAGCACGGUGUGAAAGACUAGCUAGUGUCCUACAUCACGUGUGUGUGCAUGUGUGCGUGUGUGUUAAUGAUUUUUAAAAAUUCGUAAGAAUUCUCACGAUCCAGCCGGUGUGUAACGUCGACGGUUAUUAGCGGUUAGUGCUCGUAGCUUUAAAAUUUCACAGCACCAUUUAUAAAAAUCCAAAUUGUACUACGUACACGCCGUAGAAUUCUUACGAAUUGUGUGUGUGUGUGUGUGUGUACACAUUUGCAUGUGAGUUUUGCAGUUUUUUUUUUUCCCUCUCGUUCUCAACACUUGUAUUUUUUUAUUUUAUUAGGUUUUUUUUUGUUUUGUUUUUUUUAUAAAUAUCCAACUUCUCUGAAAGCUCACGGAUAAACAGGACGCUCGCUUGCCUUGAGGAAAUUUCCUCAUUCUGCUCAUCGCGCUGACAAAAACAAACACGUCAGUGCCUUCUUAUUAAAAAAAAACAAAACAAAACAAAAAAUGAAAGAAAAGGAAAGCGCUCCAGCCGUUUGAGGACCGUAUUUCUCCAGACUGAGGAAUAUUUCACGCAAAAAGCCUUUCUUAACCUUUCUUUAAAGGGAAUAACAUUUCCUGAAUACGACAGAGAGACAGAGAGACAGAGAGAGAGACAGGCAGACAGACAGAGAGAGACAGAAAGAAAGAGAGAGAGAGAGACGGAGAGAAAAGUAGAAAAAAAAAACCACACGGUAUUAAAUACUCAAAAAGACUGGACCUGUUAGUAAAGUGAUAUUUUUUAAAGAGAAAAAAAUUCAAAACAAAUCAAAGGGUUUUUUUCUUUUCUUUUCAGUGACAUUGAUAUUGCCUUAAUUUGAAGGCACGGAAGUAAAAAAAGAAAGAGGAAGAAAAAAAAAAAAAAAAGAGAAAAGAAUAAGUGUACAGAAAGACAACAUCUACUGUGUUGGUAUGUUGUGUAAAAUAAAAUAAAAGAGAAAAAAACAAACGACUACAUGACGUGUUUGUCAGUGGUGUCAUGACGGUGUUAUAAACACACAAAACCGGUCCCGCUGAACCCGGAGACGAAUAAAGCGACGGAAAAGAAAGAGUAAGCAGUAAAAAAAAUCGAACAUUGUACGUCGUGUGAUUUUUUACGAUGCGGUGCUUCUAGAACUCGCUCGUGAAACGUUUACGAUUUCCAGACUUUCUAAUCAACUAACAAUUUAUUU